GUGCGAGUCUUCGCCGUUAAAGCCCGCUGUCCCUAGCUGAUCCUUAACGUAUAAGCCUCGCCUCUCUCUACCCCCCCUACGUCCCUACUCUCUCUCUCUCUCUCUCUCUCUCUCUCUCUCUCCAGCAUGCGUUUCUCUUGAGAGUUUUGUCAAGAAACUUGAUGGGUCGUUGACACACGGCGAGGCCUCCACAACCAAAGAGCUGCUUUUUCACAACCAAACGUUGCGAGCGUUUUCCCCUGAUCUCUCCCUCGUGCGUGCGUGCGGGUGCGGCUUCUGUCAUUAAGGCAGAGGUGGUUGCGAAUCAUCACGCCUUGUUUCUUUGGGGUCUCUCCUUGGAGCGAAAUAAUCGCGUGGGGUGCAAUGAGGAAGAGGAGCCAAGGGGCUCGGGUGGUGCUGGUAGGCCUUGUUUUCCUCGUAGCGCUCCUGGUGCUUCGCAUCAAUGUCUCGACCUUAUCCAGGCUGAGCGUUACUUCUCCUCCACGAUCCCUCAACAAGAACGGUCAAGGUACGAAAUGGCUGUUGCAGCGAGAGAUUACGCGGGUCCCACUCAACAGCCGAUCGCAAUCCCCUCCUGAAUCUAGAGAAGUAUCAGCAGCGGCAGCAAUCACCUGCGACCGGUCUCACCACGCGUACGACACCUGCGCCGUCAACCGCCCCACCCUCCUCCACCCACGCACCGCCACCUUCUUCCUCCUCCGCCCCACCGCCGGCCGCCUCUCGCCGGAGAAGAUCCGCCCCCACCCGCGCAAAUGGGAGAACUCCACCAUGUCCAAGAUCAAAGAGUUCACCCUCGCCUCCGCCGGGCCCCCGGAGGGCCUCCGGUGCGACGUCGAGCACGACGCCCCUGCCCUCGCGAUCAGCGUCGGCGGCUACGCCGGCAACUUCUUCCACCAGUUCGGCGACGGCCUCGUCCCCCUCUACGUCACCGCCAACACCGUCUUCCCCGGCCGAGAUUUCGUCCUCGUGAUCGACGGGGCCAGCGAUCAGUGGAUGCACAAGUAUGAGGACUUGCUCCGAGCUCUCAGCGAUCGUCCCGUCGUAUACGUCGACCGCGCCAACGCCUCGCAUUGCUUCCCUUCCGCUUCGGUCGGGUUGAUCUCUCACGGAUUCAUGACGAUAAACCCUAAAUUGACUCCUAAUUCCAGAAGCUUCUUGCAUUUCCGCCGAUUCCUGGAUGAGGCGUACCGGCGCAACCGCCCCGGGGCCGCUCCUCGGCCUCCGGCGCGGAGGCCGCGGCUCGUGAUCACCGCCAGGACCGGAGGCGUCGGGCGAGUGAUCCUGAACCAGAAGGAAGUCGAGGACCUGGCGAGGGCGAUCGGCUUCGAGGUGGCCGUCUUCGAGCCGAACCGGAGCACGCCGCUGCGGAAGGCGUACGAGCUGAUCAACUCCAGCCACGCGCUGGUCGGCGUGCACGGGGCGGCGCUCACGCACGCGCUGUUCCUCCGGCCGGGAGCGGUGCUGGGGCAGGUGGUGCCGAUCGGAGGGGACUGGGUGGCGCGCGCGUGCUUCGAGGAGCCGGCGCGGGCCAUGGGGCUGAGCUACGUGGAGUACGGGAUCGCGCCGGAGGAGAGCAGCCUGGUGGAGAAGUACGGGAGGGACAACGUGCUGCUGAGGGACCCGGCGGCGGCCAAGGGCGGCGGGGGUUGGUCGGCGAAGGUGAUGAACGUGUACUUGAAGGAGCAGAAUGUGAGGUUGGAUUUGGUGAGGUUUAGGGGGUUUCUGGAGAAGGUGUACGGAAAGGCCAGGAAAUUCAUGGAGGACGAGGAAGGAAAGGGUUAAGAAUGAACUUCGAGAAUCAAUGUCUGUUAAUUAUAAUUUUUCUUUUUUCUUUGUCUUUUUUUUUUUUUUUUUUUUUUUGGGCGGG